UUGUAAUUACAUAUUAAUGUUUAUUUUUACUCAAGUGAAAUAGUGAGAUUAAUUUAUAUAAUACAUUUAAUUAGUCUGCUUAUGUAUAAUUCCCAAUAUACAGAUGGCAGAAUCUUUAGCUGGUCAACGAGCCAAGCGGCAAAAAGUUGAUAAACAUGGGCGCCUAUCUGCAUUUGAGAAACUUAAACAACUGAAAGGAAAAGGUUCGAAACAUAAAUACGACGUGGAUAAUUUAGAAAAUGUUUAUGAUACAGUGGACGAAAGAGAAUACAGUGAACGUGUAUUGCAGAGACAAGAGGACGACUGGAUAGAAGACGAUGGUACAGGUUAUGUGGAGGAUGGAAGAGAAAUAUUUGACGAUGAUGAAAUUGAAGACACUUAUGUUUCUGCCAAUACCAAGGAAACGGGCAGGGGACAGAAGAGGAAGGCUAAAGUUGCUGCACCAUCGUCCAAAGGCAACAUAAGGAAUCUGCUUGGUUCAAUGCCUUCCAAGAAAAAAGAAGAUACAAAAAUAUCUGAUGACAAUAUUUUAUCAGAUAUAAUGUCAGAUUUAGAUGGUAGCAAACCAUCUACAGUAAAACCCAAAGUAUUAGUGGCACACAAGCCAAACCCUGUGGAGUCUAGUAAGAGAGAAGCACAAAACUACUUCAAGAACUUGUCUACUGCAAUAAAAAAAUCUACUGUACUCACUUCAAUUAAAAAAGAAGUUCCAACAGUAACACCAGAAAUUGAACAAAUUAUCAAUACAAAUGGUGUAAAAAUAGGAGAGGAGGAUAAAACCAAUGAUAAAGUGGUCACAAAAAAAGCAGAAUGGAAAAUAGACAAAGAAAUUAAGCAAGAAACAGAAGAUUCUGCAACACAAAACAUAGAGGAGUUUGACACACAAGAUGUAGAUUUUAAUGAUGUUGAUUUCACUGAUGAUGUUGUAACAAAAUCUGUAGAAAUAAAAAAUGAACCUAAUACAAAAGACACUAUAACAGAUGUGGCUGAAGAGUUCUUAAAUGAUGACUUUGAUAUAUUUUCUCCAAAAAAAGAACUGAAACCACUAUCAAGUACUUGGAAUGACCAGAUGGGUGAUAACCAAGUUCAAGCUUCUAUUCAGACAGAUGGACAGUUGCCUCUUCACACAAAUGAGGAUGGGGAGAAAGUCCUAAGAUUCUACUGGCUAGAUGCAUGGGAAGACAGGUUUCUGAAGCCAGGAAUUGUAUAUAUGUUUGGUAAGGUGUAUGUUAAUCCAUCGGAUAAAAAAGCAGGUUGCUUAUCUUGCUGUGUGGUAGUGAAAAAUGUUACCAGACAGAUGUUUUUGUUGCCAAGAGAAUAUAAAUUAGAUCCUGUAACACUUGAAAGUACAGAUGAACAAGUCACCAUGAUGGAUGUAUACCAAGAGUUCAAUGCCUCAGUUGCUAGUGAACUUGGCCUUAAGGAGUUCAAGUCUAGAAAAGUUACUAAAAAUUAUUGUUUUAAUUUGCCUGACAUACCUGCACAGUCUGAUUACUUAGAAGUGAAGUAUUCUGCAAGCAUCCCUCCACCACCAACUGGCAAGAAUUACUUAACUUUUUCUCACAUAUUUGGGACAAACACAUCAUCAUUAGAAACAUUCUUGUUAGAGAGAAAAAUUAAAGGGCCUUGUUGGUUAGAAAUUAAACAGCCAGAAAAUGUUCAGGCCAAGGUGUCAUGGUGCAAACUGGAAGCAACAUGUAACAUAGAACAUGUCAAUGUUAUCAAGAACGAAACUAAAUUGGAACCACCACCCAUUGUUGUUGCUACUAUAAAUGUGAGAACAACUAUAGAUCCAAAAACAAGGAAGACCAAAAUCUUAAUGUUAAGCUGCCUGAUACACAACAAUUUUCCAAUAAAUAAAUCGCCACCAAAUCCUCCUUUCCAACAACAUUUCUGUGUUGUAACUAAAUGUAAUGAAAUUUGGCCACUGGAUAUGAAACAGGCGUUCUUACAAUAUAAAGCCACUAAACUUACAAAAUGCGAUACAGAGAGAGAACUCCUUAAUUACUUCAUGGUACAGUUUUGGAAGUUAGAUCCCGAUUUGGUUGUAGGUCACGAUUUACAAGGGUUUCAACAAGAUUUGCUCAUUGGAAAUAUCUUGGAUCUUAAUAUACCUAACUGGUCCCGUUUGGGCAGAUUAAAAAGAUCAGUUCCACCAUUAAGAAAAUUUGCAGCAAAAGAUGCAUUUCUAGGGCGCCUAGUAUGUGAUAUCAAAAUUUCCGCUAUGGAACUUAUAAGGGCAAGAAGUUUUGAUUUAGACACGCUAUGUGUCAAUGUAUUGAAAAUGAAGGAAGCCGAUAGGCUUGACGUAGCUCUCGAAGACCUACCGCAAUAUUACGAAAAUAGCAGAGAGCUGUUUCAGCUAGUUUCUUUGACCAUGCAAGAUGCUUCCUAUAUUCUCAAAAUUAUGUGUGAACUAAAUGUCAUACCAUUGGCAUUACAAAUUACACAAAUUGCAGGCAAUGUUAUGUCUCGGACUUUAAUGGGUGGUAGAUCUGAAAGGAAUGAAUUUCUACUACUGCAUGCAUUUACAGAGAAAAACUACAUUGUACCUGAUAAAUUAUAUGGAAAGAAAGGGAGUAGUAAUAAUGAAGAUAUAAAUGACAAAGAACAGACUGUGAGUAAAAAGCAAGGUAAAAAGAAGGCUGCAUAUUCAGGUGGUUUAGUAUUAGAUCCAAAAAAAGGUUUCUAUGAUCAACUCAUACUACUCAUGGACUUUAAUUCUUUGUACCCGAGUAUUAUUCAAGAAUAUAAUAUUUGCUUCACUACAAUAAAAAGGAAGAGUACUGCAACUUCUGAUGAAGAUAUAGCCAACCUUGUUUUGCCUAAUUCAAACAAAGAAUUUGGAGUGCUCCCCACGCAAAUUCGGAGACUAGUUGAAAGCAGAAGAGAGGUAAAGAAGUUAAUGAAGUCACCUGACCUGCCCAUGGAACAAUACAUGCAGUAUAACAUAAGACAAAUGGCCCUCAAGUUGACCGCAAAUUCUAUGUAUGGAUGUCUAGGUUUUACACAUUCGAGAUUUUACGCUAAACCAUUAGCAGCUUUGGUAACAAUGAAAGGCAGAGAAAUCCUAUUGGAUACCAAAGAAAUAGUACAAAAACUAAAUUACGAUGUUGUGUAUGGUGACACAGACAGUUUAAUGAUUAAUACUAACUGCUCAGACUUUGAUUACGUUUUUAAGAUUGGUAAUGAUUUAAAGAGAGAAAUCAAUAAGAAAUAUAAACAAAUUGAGCUUGAUAUAGAUGGAGUAUUUAGAUAUUUACUGCUUCUGAAGAAAAAGAAAUAUGCUGCAGUAGUUAUUACAAAGAAUAAGAAUGGGGAAUUUAUAUUAACACAAGAACAUAAGGGUUUAGAUAUUGUACGUCGAGAUUGGUCACAAUUGGCCGCAGAAGCAGGAAAAUUCAUUUUGAGUCAAAUACUUUCAGAGCAAUCUGCAGACGAGAGGCUUGAAAAUAUACACAUACAUUUAAAUAAGCUAAAAGAAGACCUUAUCAAUAAAAAGAUGCCACUAUCCGUUUUAACAAUAACAAAACAACUCACAAAAAAUCCUAAUGAAUAUGCAGACAAAAUUCCACAGCCUCAUGUACAAGUUGCUCUCAGACUUAACAGUAAAAACAGUAGAAGGUUUAAAAAAGGAGAUAUUGUCCCCUACGUCAUUUGUGAUGAUGGCACAGGUAAAGCUGCAACACAGAGAGCUUACCAUAUUGAAGAAUUAAAGAACUCUGAGAACCUAAAAAUCGACUAUAAUUAUUACCUUGCACAUCAGCUACAUCCUGUGAUAUCGAGAAUAUGCGAACCCAUCGACGGCAUGGAUCCGGCGCGAGUCGCCGACUGCCUAGGAUUGGACCCUUCCGGCUAUAAACAACUAUUGAAAAGAGAUGAUGCGGAGACAGAAUCAUAUGAAGUGCAAAAUGAACAAGAAAAAUAUAGGUAUUGCAAGGAUUUCGUCUUUAUGUGUGCUAAUGAAAGUUGCAAGACAGAGAACAGAAUUCGAGAGACACUUGUGAAAUUAGACAAAGAGAGUGUCACAUUCUUAGAACAUUGCCAGAACGAUGCUUGUUCAGUGAGACCAUUGAACUAUUUAGCAAGUAUAGAAAACCAGCUUAGUUUGCAAAUGCGUGAGUACCACGCACAAUAUUAUAAUGGCUGGCUUUCCUGCGAAGAUCCCGCCUGCGGUCAUCGCAGUACUCGCUUGCCGCAGACAUUCAUAGCCGGACACCCGCUAUGCCGCGCCUGUGAGAAGGGUUUAAUGUUCCGGGAGUACACAGAGAAAGAUCUAUACUUACAGAUUAACUUCUUCAUGUUUCUAUUUGAUCUAAGUAAAGUCAAUGCAAAAACGCGACUGUCGCCACAGAUAACAUCUGCGUUCCAAGAGUUAAAGGAAAUGGUGGAAGAUUGGUUGGCGCAGUCAGCCUAUUCUGUAAUAAACCUCUCGAAAUUGUUCAGAUUCUUUACACUAGACCCUAAAGCUAAUGACAAAGUAAAAACAGAAGAACUUGAAAUCGACGUAUUACCUGAGACUGAACGUAUAGAUGCACUAUUAGAAAUGGGAUCCUAUUAAGAUAUGUGUAGUUUACAUUAUCAUGUUUCUUUGUAAAAUUAA